UCGCAUGCACGUGGGUUAGAGACAAGAUGCAUCUGCACGCCGGUCAGCAACUCUUCCUACAAAUGUGAAGAUGCUCAAAAGGCAUAAAAAUAUGGACUGUUUAUGCCAGGAACAGGUAUCAGAAUACAGAGAUGGUUCGUUGCAACAUAAGGCAGGAAGUGAUAACCCCCAUUUAGGCCACCUUUGCCUCCCAAGACAAUGGCCACAGACAAAGAGAAUACGUCGGCUUGGGGCAUCCACUUGAUGUACACCCUAGGACAGGGCAUGAAAACAGAGGAGGAAGAUCCAGCAGGUCCUGAAGCAGGAAAUGGAACAGGAAAUGGUCCUCCUGUCACCCAGGCUGAGAGCAUCAGGGAAUUGUGGGAACGAAUGGUAUUGCAACAAGCUGAACAGGAACCAGGUGAGGUGAUAGAGCAACGCUGGGAAGCCCAGUGGAAAGAGUUCCUGAAGACAGCAGAGACCACCCACUCUGGAUGGAGAACCCUGCAGACGUUGAGGCUGAAGCCUCUUGAGAAGACCAAGGAUUUUCUGCAUCACGUCAGGGGAGCAGCCGACACUCAUGAGCGACCUAAAGAGAGGAUCCACCUCCUGCCAGGCCACAGUAUACAAGCCCAGCAGACGGCCAGCAACCCAUUGGCCAAUGACAAGUCAGACUGUGGGGAAAUGAAGGAAGAGAUCCCAGAGGAGGAGGCUGUGAGCUCUGAUGUGCAGCGCCAGUGCUUCAGGAAGUACUGCUACCUGGAGGCCGAGGGGCCCCGGGAGGCUUGCAGGCAACUCCGGGAGCUUUGUCACCACUGGCUGAAACCAGAGAGACGCACCAAGGAGCAAAUCCUGGAGUUGGUGGUCUUGGAACAGUUUCUGAUGAUCCUACCCCAGGAAAUCCAGAGCCGGGUCAGGGAAGGGGGUCCGAAGACCUGUUCCCAAGCAGUGACCCUGGCUGAGAGUUUUGUACUGGGGCAGCGAGAGGACAAGAGACAGGAAACACAGGAUCCUUGCUGUGCUGCUCAGUUUCCUAGGGAUUUGAAGGAGGAGGCUCUUGUUUUAUCAGAGGCGGAGAAGGCUCCAUCAGAUCCCUGGCACAGACCACUCGUCAUGGAGAUCAAACAGGAGAGGGACGGAGAUGCCCUGUCUAUGGGAUUUAAUGCUGAGAGCUCACUUGAAAAAGAGCAAAAGCAGACAGAAAAUGCCAGCGAGCUGAAACUACGAAGGAUGUGGCCCGGAACAGCUGAACAGAAUAUUUCUUGCAGUCUUGAUCAAGCAGACACCUCUGAAAGCCAACAGGGGAACCGUCCAGAGAAGAAAAAGGAACAGUUUAUUAACUGUCAGGGCCGAUACGAGGAGUUUGAGGAGAGACUAAUCCAGCCAAUGCUCCUCAAGGGUCAGGGAGAAGAAGCAAGCACUGAAUGUGGAAAACCCUUUGUGGGGAAAACGCACAUGAAAAAGAAACCCUGUAAAUGCCCAGACUGUGGACAAAACUUUAACAAUAGGUCCGUCCUCAUUAACCACCAGCGGAUCCACACGGGAGAGAAGCCAUACAAAUGCUCCGAUUGUGGGAAGAGCUUCCGCCAGCAGUCACAGCUCGUAAGCCACGAGCGAAUCCACACGGGGGAGAAGCCAUACGCAUGCACAGAUUGUGGCAAAAGCUUUAACCGCAGCUCACACCUUGUGCUGCACAAGAGGACCCACACCGGAGAGAAGCCGUACAAGUGCGUGGAUUGCGGGAAAAGCUUCUGCAGGAACAAUGUCCUUGCAAUUCAUCAGAGGACACACACGGGCGAGAAGCCGUAUGUGUGCUCUGACUGUGGGAAAAGCUUCAGCGACAGGUCGCACCUUAUUAGGCACAAGAGAAUCCACACAGGAGAGAAGCCCUAUAUCUGCUCCGACUGUGGGAAGAGCUUCAAUGACACUUCAAGCUUCAUUGUACAUAAAAGGACACACACAGGAGAGAAACCGUACAAAUGCCUGGAAUGUGGGAAAAGCUUCAAUGGGACAUCGGCACUCAUCAGGCACAAGAGAAUCCACACAGGAGAGAAACCGUACGUGUGUUCAGAUUGCGGGAAGAGCUUCAGCGACACUUCAGGCUUCAUUGUGCACAGGAGGACUCAUACAGGAGAGAAACCAUAUCAGUGCUCUGUCUGUGGGAGAAGCUUUAAUGACCUCUCCAAUUAUAACAAGCAUCAGACUAUCCACGGAGAAACCAUUUACAUUAAUGAAGUGGAAAGCUUUCACUACAACAAAUCCUUACUACAACAAACCCUUUCACCUCACCCGUCUGAGGAACUUCCUGUCGGCUUGAGGAGGAAAAUGGCAACUGGAGGAGGAGAUGCCGCAACCCUGAAUCCAUUGCCAGAGGCCGUGGUGGAACAGAGAAUGAAAGUGGAGGAGCCAGACCCAUCUGAACCAGGGGAGGGGGUAGGAAAAGGUCCCAGCCUCGCCCAGAUGGGGAGUGUUAAGGAAUUCUGGGAAAGAAAGCUCCCUGACCACGUUAAACGGGAGCAGCAGAAGGGGCUGCCACAGCCCUGGGAAUCCCAGCUGCAGGAGUUCCUGAAGGAAAUGGAGUCCUCCCACUCGGAAGGGAGAAAUACUCCCCACCAGCUAGGGUCGGCAUCAAGGGAUAAGGCUCAGACUGUCCUGUCACCGCCUCAGGGAGCAGAUGAUGCCAGGCAGUGUUCAAGGAGGCAAAGGAUGCCCCAAUUCCUGCCAGGCCUAAAGAGAGACGCCCAGCAGUCGGCUAACAGCAUGCUGACCAAAGUCAAGGCAGACUGUGGGCAAGUGAAACAAGAGGUCCUGGAGGAGGAGGUGGAGAAGGCGGCCAUCUUUUCUGAUGUACAGCGCCAGCACUUCAGGCAGUUCAGCUACCGGGAGGCCGAGGGACCCCGAGGGACUUGCAACCAACUCCGGGAACUUUGUUACCAGUGGCUGUUGCCAGAGAAAUACACCAAGGAGCAGAUUCUGGAGCUGGUGACCUUGGAGCAGUUCCUGGCCAUCCUGCCCCAGGAGAUGCAGAACUGGGUGAGGGAAGGCGGGCCGGAGUCCUGCUCUCAAGCAGUGGCCUUGGCAGAAGACUUUCUGCUGAGGAAGCAAGAGGACAACGGGCAGGGGCUGGGACCGUUCAAGGAGGCGAUACGUCACUUCCCUGAGAUAGAGCGGGCUUCAUCACUUACCUGGAAGAAGCCACACUUCAGGGAAAUCAAACAAGAGGUCGACACAGAUGCCACCUCUCUGGCAGGUCCUGAGAGAGGUGGUCAGAAGGAGAGAAAUUGCCCAGGCAAUCCUGAGGAACAGGAGCCGUUUGGGAAGUUGUCAGGAGAUGUUGAGCAGAAAGCUGUCUGCCACCGUGAUCGGGAGUUGGAGAACCUACAGGGAAAUAAUCCGGAGUCCGAAGCAGGGAAAUUCAUUAAUUCUCAGGGGGGCUAUGAGGAUCUGAACGAAAACAUGAUGCAGCAACCAGUAAUCCUCAAGGGAAGGGAGAACACAGGCAUUCAGUUGGACCCAGUUUUUAGGCUCAGAUCUGAUCUUAUUGUGCACGAGAGGACUAUCACUGGGGAGUCCCAAUAUAAAUGCUCAGUUUGCUGGAAAACCUUUUGCCGAAGAAACGUCCUUAUUACUCAUCAGCGAAUCCACACUGGGGAGAAGCCGUAUAAAUGUCUGGACUGCGGGAAGAGCUUCAGCCAGCGAUCGCACCUCAUUCUGCAUGAGAGGACUCACACUGGAGAGAAACCUUACAAGUGCUUGGACUGUGGGAAAAGCUUCAGCCAGAGGCCUCACCUGGUGAAACACGAGCGCAUCCAUACAGGAGAGAAGCCCUACAAGUGCCCGUACUGUGGGAAGAACUUCAGCGACCGAUCCACGUUGACCACGCAUAAGAGGACUCACACAGGAGAGAAACCAUAUUCUUGUUCGGACUGCGGGAAGAGUUUCAGCGAUCGGUCGUCUCUGAUUGCCCACCACAGAACUCACACGGGUGAAAAGCCAUAUAAGUGCUCAGAGUGUGGGAAAAGCUUCAGUCACCAGUCAACUCUCAUUAGACACGAACGAAUCCACAAUGGGGAGAAAUCUUUAAAGUGCUUGGAGGCUGGGAAGGGUGAUGGCUCGGUCUCGUUGGUGGACCAGAGGGCUCCCUUUGGUGACAAGCCGCCAGCGCCGUGGACAAAUUCUGUGACUUGGGGGGAGUCUCUUUCUCUCAGCCUGAGCUCAUCCCCUUCUGACAAAUGGGAAUAACAGUCACUUCACACACAAGGUUGUUUGGAGGACAACAGAUAAAAGAAAGACAUAAAGCAUUUUUGAACUGAAGAGCUGUAUACACCAACUCUGAAGAAAAAAAGCUACAUGAGCCCUAUUUUUUUUAUUUGUGGUUUUUCUGACAUUUUUGUGAAACAAAAUUUCAUGAACAUGGCAAAGUAAAAUUGUAUAUACAUACUACACAGAGUUAUCAUACUGUAAGGACAUCUUUCCAAAAUGUAUAAUGACCACUUGUAAUAUGACAAACGUCUUGGUGAUUAUUGGCACAAGUGAUUAGUGGGAACCAGCAAAUAAUGAAAGUCUCGGAAUGAGACAUCUCAGAAAAUA